AGUCUUUGAUGUCUCUGUCCUAUAAUUGUUCAAGACCAGAAGUUCGCUACAAGAAUCAUACGCAAGGAAGAACAACAGAACUUCUUCCUCAUAGACACGAAGAAGAUGAGCAACCGCGCUGACUGUCGCGUCCCGGAUUUUCUAAGCGACGCUGGCUUGCGUGCCUUGUUCGCAGAAUUGACCGACCGGCGCUGUGGCACCAAGAAGCUCGACGACUACGACCUUUACCUCGUGCAAAACGACGUAUGGCCUGUGCUACUCGAAGGUGAGUCGUUGUCGUGUCAACAUCGAUCACAACGUUUUGUAUCUGUGUAAGUAGCUAGAUCCUACUGGCACUGUAUCUGUAGCGAAGCCCAGUGCACCAGUUCGUCGUUUGGUUUUGUCGUGCACGAUAGAUGAAAGUAGAACGGCAGCGGCAUCGGCGCACGUCGAGAGUGGAGCUGCUGUCAGUGUGAACCCCAACGUCAACAAGAAUCACUACGCAUUAAUUUAGUUAUUUUCCAUCCACGUGAACUGCAGGUCUGGACGAGCUUGGGCGGAAACUCGCCUUCCGGAGCGAUUGCGGCGAUACUCAGGAUUGGAAUCCGAUAAAAUGGUUAGGGCAGUACCUCGCCCGAAACCAUCCGCGUAACGCAUCACGCGCCUUCCGGGACCCCGUGCGCCAGAAUUGCCUGGCCACAUUGCGCCGCUGCGCGGAGCUGGAGCGCAGCCGUCGUGCCUUCUUGCGGCGCAAGCACCUACUGGAGGAACUGUUCCACAAAUUUGCGAAACAGGAGGUGGGCCGCGAUCCGAUGGCCCCGGCUUCCUUGCUGUUUUCCAAAACCAAUCCAGUUUUGCUUGAGAGUGACGUAGCACGCUUUCUGGAAUUUGUCGAUCAGGAAUGGUUUCUGGAGGGGCAGUUGCAAUCACACUUCCACGAAAUUUCCGGACCCACUUUGCGCGCGUCGUCGUCAACAUCUCCACCUCCCGGAACUGCUGUUCUGCACCCCGAAGAGUCGGCACGGACAUCGGCGGAACCCGGUUCAUCAGCUUCUGGGGUGCAAGUGGAUCAACGCGGCAACAUUCUUGACCAGCAAGAUGAAGGCCAACUGUUCCAGAAAAUGAUGACGUUUUCCGAUGUGUGGGCCCUGUUGCGGAGAACCAUCGAGACGGAUCGAGGCGCUUUGGACGUUGAAGUGCUGAAAAAAGCUGACCAACGAAAACGCGAACACGCGGAGAGACAAAAACGAACCUCUACACUGAAAAAGCUGGAAGCGAGAAUUCUCGACCUCCGUGCCCGCUGGGGGCGUUUGGAAACGCGGUUCGCGACGGUCGUGCGGAAAUUGAAAGUCGAUAUGGCGGAGGUGUUGGAUUUUGAAUUUGUCUUCCCCCGCACCGUGUCCAGCGAGGACGAUCCUAUGAUUUGCGGGCUGCGCGCUCUGCUCCAGCUCUGGUACGAUGGCAUCCAUCGGGAAAACGACAACUACGACGACCUGUUGGGGGCGUUCAGUGGUGAAGAGGAAAACGAAAAGGUACAACUGCAGAAAGAACCUACACCAGCGGAAGGAAAGGGCCUGGGUGCCGAUGCGAGAGGGUCAAGUGCCAGUGCCGCGAGCUCUGAUCGGGAUGGCGCUGUGUUUCUAUCCCCGCGGGAAAAGAAACAAGGUGUAGUAGGUCAAGAAGAAGUGUCAACGACGACAAAAAAUACAAUCAAUAUUGUUGUAGCGGGUCCGUCGUCUGGAGAGACGGCCUCGGCAAUCGGUUCCACUGCAGGAACAGCACCAACAUUACUGACGCCUGGCGGCCCCUCUUCCAGCCUGUUGGCGAGCAAGACGCGCAACAAUCCCGGCGCGCAGUCACCGUCCAUGAUUCACAACCUCCAGGCGGGCUUGCACACGUCGCCGACUGCCCCGCCGAGUAGCGUGGUCGCGCCAGGCUGUCCCUGGGCUACGAUUGUCAAGUUUUUCCGCAGCCUGAAAACACAACCCGGGGAAACCGAUUUCGAAGGGGUGCAGAGGUAUUAAGUAAAGAAAAUCGAAUGAUGAUGAAAUGUGCCUUUUCUGUAUUUGAUUUUCCGAAAAAUCCGCAAUGUUUGCAAUCGUCGUAGUCGUUGUGCAGAUUGCGUUCCUAGCGAGCGCUGUCCCGCAGAAAGGAGAAAAAAAGAAAAACCUUCUGCCCAGGUUGUUCAAGUGGUCCUAUUUCCUCGAGGUUGCCGGCAAGGGCCCCUUGCACAUUGUCGACGUCGAAGCAAGCCGCACGGAAUUGCUUGCAACGACGACACGAAGCGGCGCCGUGUCAGCAUCAUCACUCGCAGCAGCCGAUGUUGAUGAAAAUCAACAACCGCCAGCUCUUGUUUCACUAAACAUUCCACCACCACUCCUGCUCCGGAUCCAGGGGCACGGCGGCAGUGCGGUCAAAUUUGCACAGCUUUGUGGCGAAGAUUGGAAUGUCCUCCACGCCUAUCUGACGGACGCCUUGCUGGACAGCAAAAACAUCACACUCACGGUGUCGCUGGUCGCCACACCGAACAUGUCCGAAGGGGAAGCAGCAAUGGAGAUUGGAGCUGUGCGCCUCGUGGACGGCCUGGAACUUGUGGACUGCGAACCGCCCCUGGAGGAAUAAGCUGAAACUGAAAAUUGAAGAACAAACUCAGUCGUCGUGUCAAGAGAGGAAAAAACUGCCGUCACCUUCACGUGGAGGCGCUAGUACAUAUCAAAACAUAUUAGUCUUCGUUUUAGUUUCAGACAAAAAUGUAAAAUGUGAGAGUCACCUGUACAUCGCAUGUAGUAGUUUCAUGUGAAAGAUAAAGUCUUGUCCGUGUCCCUCAUCUGAUCCAUUGGAUUCAGAAACGCUUACAAGACCACACAGACAGCAUCAAAACCGAGCACAAGGGCUGCAAGCACAAAGUCGAUGCUGUAAGAUAUAUGUAUGUGAUGUGGGACGAGCAACAGUUAUUUCAUUCGUGUAGAUCUUUUGAUGGUUUCGACAUGUUGAAGCGCAUCAUCAAGUUGGCGAAAGUAUCAACAUCAUUCAAAUAACUACGCACGACGUGUUUGUAGUUGUACAGAAAAAGAGAAAAGAAGUAGCAGUCGUGAACGUUGAGUGCAAAAGAAAUCCAGCUGAAGUCGACAAAACUAUCGCCGAU